AUGGGAUCUGUCAAUUUUCUGACCAAACCGUCCGAUUUGGUGGGGCCUUGUAAUGCUUUGAUCAAGGAGAGACUGGUGGGUUUCAGGCCAUGGUUCGCAUUUCAAGGAUGCAUCACACCGUCCCAUGGCAGAGCCUUAGAUGUCAACCCUCCUGCUCCAGCCACCAAUGAUUUCAAAACCCAGGUUCCUAUUUUUACAAAGUCAAGUUCAUGA